CAACACUACAAAUCUAUUACAUUUAUUGAGGCAUGGGUGACUACAUGGCAGAGCCUAUCACUGGCUAUAGUGAGCUGAAAGAACAUGCCUCCAACCCUGAGUCAGAGAGGUAUAUUCCGAGCUGUAUGGAGAUGUACAUCAUGUCACUUCAGAAAUCACUGUGUGACGAGUUAGCAACUAUUGAAGGUAAAGAGUUCACAGUGGACCGGUGGAUAAGACCAACUGAAGCAGACGGUAGUCUUGGUGGUGGAGGUAUCACGUGUAUUGUACAAGACGGCCAAGUGUUCGAAAAGGCGGGUGUGAAUAUAUCUGUGGUCCAUGGUACACUCUCCAAACAAGCGAUCCAGCAAAUGAAAAGUAGAGGUAAAGAGUUGUUUGGAGAGAGUGUACCGUUCACAGCUAUGGGUAUCAGCAGUGUUAUACAUCCUAUAAACCCCUUUAUUCCUACUAUUCACUUCAAUUACCGCUACUUUGAGAUCCCGGGGGAGAACAAACAAUGGUGGUUUGGUGGGGGAACAGACCUCACUCCUACAUAUUUAAACAGAGACGAUGCUAAACACUUCCACACCACUCUCAAAACAGCCUGUGAUGGACAUGACAAGGAUUAUUAUCCCAAGUUCAAAAAGUGGUGUGACGAGUAUUUCUACAUCAAACACAGAGGAGAAUCUCGGGGUUUAGGUGGUAUAUUUUUCGACGAUUUGGACUACGUGUCAGCAGAGAGUGCUCUGUCGUUUCUAAAAUCGUGUGGAAAUUCCGUAGCUCCGGCGUACAUUCCAUUGGUUAAACAGCAUAUAAACGAACCAUACUCCGAUGAGGAGGUACAAUGGCGGCAACUCCGGAGGGGAAGGUACGUGGAAUUUAACCUGGUAUACGACCGAGGAACAAAGUUUGGACUCUACACAGAGAACGCCAGGAUAGAGAGUAUUCUAAUGUCACUACCUCUCACUGCUCGGUGGGAGUAUAUGAACAAGCCUGGACCUAGAGAGAAUGAAUUGUUGGAGGUUCUGAAGAAACCUGUGGAAUGGUGUAGUGAAUAGGUUUAAUUUUAC